CACAGUUCACAGUUGGUUAUAGUGUUGCAGACACGUCAAAUCGCAUGUGUUGGUUUUGAUAAAUAUAUUGACGCCUAGGAGGUGUGAGCCGCAGUUUUGUUGGUGAAGCCAGGAGUUAGCCCAAGAAACUACUAAUUAAAGUGCGCAACAAGUUUUCUGCGCCAUGGGUGGAUUGUUUAGUUACUUUCGAAACCUGUUAGGCAGUCGUGAAAUGAGAAUCCUCAUAUUAGGACUUGAUGGUGCUGGCAAAACCACUAUUCUGUACAGAUUACAGGUAGGCGAAGUUGUGACAACUAUUCCUACCAUUGGAUUCAAUGUAGAGCAGGUUACAUACAAGAACUUGAAAUUCCAAGUGUGGGAUCUUGGUGGACAGACGAGUAUAAGGCCCUACUGGCGUUGCUACUAUUCCAAUACUGAUGCAAUUAUUUAUGUAGUUGAUUCAGCAGAUAGAGACAGAAUAGGAAUUUCUAAGGACGAGCUACUUUAUAUGUUAAGGGAAGAUGAACUACAGGGAGCAAUUUUAGUAGUUCUUGCUAAUAAGCAGGAUAUUGAAGGAGCACUGAGUGUAGCAGAAGUCCAUCAGGCACUUGGGCUCGAUGCUCUGAAGAACAGAACUUUCCAGAUAUUUAAAACCUCAGCAACAAAAGGUGAAGGGCUUGAUGCGGCGAUGGACUGGUUGUCAAAUGCCCUUCAAAAUCGCAAAUAAAGGUUCCUUUUGGACAAUUUCCUCUUGCCUCAUGGGUCUACGUGCACAUCAGAUGUAAAGUGUGUCUAUGAUAGAGUAGCAAAGACUGUGAUGAAGUGAACUUGUGAAACAACAGUGAAAUUAAGUGUAAGAAUGUGAACAAUGUCUGUGAUGAUAGCAGCUCAUGAAAUUGGGUGAGUGAAGAGUUCCACUUCGUUUUAUUUUUAAUAUCCAUCACAAAGUCACUUAUUAUUAAUUAUAUAUUUUAUUUCCAUUUUUCAUGUCAUUGUGUGCUGGUAUGAGUGCAACAACAGUGAGUCAAGCCUAUGUAUUAUUUUUACUGUACAAAAUGUUAUGAAACACUUAACAGAAUAUACUAUUGUACCUCUUUCUGUGGUAUCUGACUGAAAUGGAUGGGCUUAAAAGCAUGUAAAACAAUCAGUUGGAUUGUACUGUGGCAUCAUUAGUUCUUAACUUUGAGAACAACUUACCACAAAUCUUCAAUGUGAUUGGCAAGAUUGUAUUUUUAAUUAUAGCAUUAUUGCUGUGCAAAACGGCAAACCUGUAAAGAAAUGAAUUUCUGUAUUGAAAUAAAUAUUCAUGAUGUGAAA